CUAUCAGCCGUGUGUAUUGAACUUGUAAAAUCCUCAAAGUUUAGUGUGGACUUACGUAUUUUUUCGCAUUUCUGAAGCCAAAAACGAGAGAGAAGCGAUGUCGGUUAAGUAUUAUACAAGUGUGGAAUCAAUAACUCUGAGGCUGAAUCCAUUUAAAAUCAACAAAAGCUCCUUCCUUUGCUCCAAGGGGUUGUUAUUUCUUGGCCAGGAGCAAGUGGUCCGCGAAGAGUCAUCCCCCGGCCCCUACAGUACAGCACGUUACACCGCUCACUGUAAACUACUGCAGCAGCACGCUAAGACCGGCAGAGCCAGCAGCACUCCAACUAUAAGAAACCAUGGCAAGCAGCAGAAUUUGUCUCCUGGCAGCUUUGUGCUCCCUCAUCAUCCUCACCAUGUUCAUCGGCAGCACACAGUCAGCAAGCUGCUGCAUGAGGUACACCAACCGUCGGUUCAAAUGCCAACGGCUGAUGGGCUAUACCAUCCAGACCAUCAACACUUCCUGCGACAUCAACGCCGUCAUAUUCCACCUCCCAGGCAGGUUCGUGUGUGCCGACCCUUUGACCAAGUGGACUCAGAGAGGGAUGCAGUGCAUCGAUGACAGGAGGAGGAUGAGCAGUCAGAUCAUCGCCAGGGAAACCACCAAAUCAGCAUAAGCUCUAAUAUCUGCAGUACAUGACUCCCCAAGAAGCACCCAAGAACCCUGAUAGGGACUGACAUGGGAUUUUUGUGAAAUUAUUAUAUUAUAUUUUGGUAUAUUUGUUCUGUUUUAUAAACAGGGAAGUGUAGUAUUCUGAAUACAUAGUAAACUGUACACUAGCGACAAAGCAUCAACAAAGAAUUAUGAGAACAUUGUUUUUCGAGAAGUAUAUUUGUAAAUCUUUUGUUGAUGAUGCAGUGUUGAUGACAUUUCAGAGAAAUGGUGUAUGAAAGUGGGAAGUUUUGAUUGUAAUUUAUAUUGUCGAAGGAUUUAUUAAAACAGAAGUGCUUGAUAA